AUGUCCGAUUCCGGCAAUGUUCAACCGCCUGUUCCCCUUUGUUCUCGCGACUCUGACAGCUAUCGCGUGGUCACCCCAACUGACGGCAAGAAGCAGCUUUGCUUGCAAUUGGCUGAUAUGGUCGCUGCCACUCCAGAAGCAGAGCUGCAGUCGCACGCGAUAGAUACAGAAGCUUUUGUGGAUCUAUUUUUGCGUUAUAUACAAAAGGAUCAUUUGUCGAUGGAAUGGAAUGAAAUAGGCAGGCCAAACAGUGAAUUAGUGAGUUACCUGCAUUCUGUGGUUUUAUGGUUCUGCUGA